AUGGAGCUAAGCGCAGCCACCGUCUUCCUCUCCGUCGUCUCACUGGUGAUCCUCGUGUUCUUUCUUAGCCGCAAAACUUCAGCAAGUUCCAAGAAGAAGCGGCCUCCGGGUCCAUGGUGUCUUCCCCUGAUCGGCAACCUUCUCCACCUCCUCACCUCGCAGCCGCAGGCGGCCCUACGGGACCUGGCCAGGAAGCACGGCCCGGUGAUGUCCCUGCGGCUGGGCCAAGUCGACGCCGUCGUGAUCUCCUCCCCGGCAGCCGCGCAGGAGGUGCUCCGGGACAAGGACCUCACCUUCGCGUCGCGGCCGAGCAUGCUCACCUCGGACAUCAUCCUCUACGGGAACAUGGACAUCGCUUUCGCGCCGUACGGCGCGUACUGGCGGAUGCUGCGCAAGCUCUGCAUGGUCGAGCUCCUCAGCGCGCAGAAGGUGCGGCAGCUCGCGCCUGUCCGGGACGGCGAGACCCGCUCCCUCGUCAGGAAGGUCGGCACCGCGGGCCGAGGCGGCGAGCCGGUCAACCUCGGGAGGCUGCUCUGUUCGUGCUCGAUCUCGAUCACCGCGAAGGCGACGUUCGGCCGGCUGUGUGACGAGGAGCUCCAGAAGCAGUACAUGCCGGUCGUGGAAGUGGCUGUGAAAGAAGGUGGGGGUUUCAGCGCCGGGGACCUCUUCCCGUCUCUGUGGUUCGUCGACGUCGCCACUGGGCUGACACGCCGGCUGUGGCGAACGCGCCGUCAGCUCGACGCCAUAUUUGACAAGAUGAUCGCUGAGUGCGAGGCACAGCGAGCAGAGAAAAAGAAGACGACGGCGACGACGAAGACCACCGGAGAUGAAGAAGAACACCUCCUGAAUGUCUUGCUUAGGAUCAAGGAUGAGGGGAAGCUUGAGGUCCCCAUCAGCAUGACAAGCAUCAAAGCAAUCUUAUUUGACAUGCUCACCGGAGGCACGGAGACAACGUCGUCGGCCGCGGAGUGGAUCAUGUCAGAGCUCAUGAGGAACCCCGAGGCGAUGGCCAAAGCGCAGGCUGAGGUUCGACGAACAUUCGACGGCAAGAGCCCGGAAGACCAUGAGGGCCUCAUCGACAAGCUACGCUACAUGAAGAUGGUGAUCAAGGAGGGCCUGAGGCUGAACCCGGUGCUGCCACUCCUUCUCCCCCGCCUCUGCGGGGCGACCUGCGACAUCGGCGGAUUCGAGGUCGCCAAGGGCACCAAGGUCAUCGUCAACGCGUUGGCGAUGGCGCGGAGCCCCGAGCACUGGCCCAACGCGGAGGAGUUCAUGCCGGAGAGGUUCGACGGCGGCGUGGCGGGGGACUUCAAAGGCUUGCAGUUCGAGUACCUCCCAUUCGGUAGCGGGAGGAGGAUGUGUCCUGGAGACACCUUCGGGCUCGCCGUGCUGGAGCUCAUCGUCGCGCGACUUUUCUACUACUUCGACUGGAGCCUCCCCAACGGAAUGCGACCGGAUGAGCUCGACAUGGACAUGAUCGUCGGCUCGACGGCGAGGAGGAAAAACCAGCUGCACCUGUUGGCGUCGCCGUGCAGGGAGCUUCCCGUGGAAAUCUGA